AUGGCCCCGACUCUCUCUUCGGAGGCCAUUACCCUGUCUCUCUCCACGCUUUCGAACUACACGUACACAGAAUACCCUUCGCAGACGGCUACUCCAACCACAAGCGGUCAAUCUCUUCCGACUGACUAUUCGGAACAAGCAUGGUCGGCACUUUGGGAUCAAGUUGGCCCUGUGUCGACAGCCUCGAUAAACUACACCGUCUCACCCACGCCAGAAGCCACUCCUGUUCCCCCUCCAUACGGGUACUCCUCGCAAAUCACGACCGGAAACCUGAGCUCCUACAAGCUCCCAUCAGACUUCGUAUGGGGAAUCGCCAGUGCCGCCUACCAAGUCGAGGGUGCUGCGAUGGCUGAAGGCCGUGGUCCUUCGAUCUGGGAUCUCCUGUCUCACCGCGUCCCUGGAUAUGUCGCAGAUGGCGAGACUGGCGACAUUACUGAUCUUGACUACUACCUGUAUCCUCAAGACAUCCUGCGUCUCAAGGCUUUCGGUGUCCAACACUACUCAUUCACCAUCUCCUGGAGCAGAAUCUUCCCCUUUGGUCGUGGUUAUGUCAACGAGCAGGGACUUGCUCACUACGACGAUGUGAUCCAAAGACUGGUUGAAGCUGGCAUCAAACCCAUUAUUACUCUAUUCCAUUGGGAUACUCCUCUUGCUCUCAUGAAUGACUACAACGGAUGGGUGUCUGAGGAGAUCCAGGCAGACUUCCUGGCCUAUGCACAACUCAUCAUGAGCCGCUAUGACAAAUAUGUUCCUAUCUGGAUCACUGUCAAUGAGCCCCAAGUAUUCUGCGGAGACGAAUACCCCGGCUUCCCAUCUGGUUACUGGCCACAAUACGGCGUCACUGGACUUCGUGCCCAGUACUACUGUGGCCACAAUGUGCUAUUGACCCACGCAGCAGUCGUGGACUGGUACAGAAACGAGUUCAAGGGCACCGGACGUGUCACCUUCAAGAACUCGGCAAACAACUACAUUGGCAACACCACCUCUGCCGCAGACACCGCGGCUGUUGCUCGUGGAAACGACUACCAGUUGGGCUGGUUCAACUCUCCCGUCUGGCAGACUGGAGACUACCCAGCUUCGCUCAGGGACACCCUUGGUGAUCUCCUCCCCAACUUCACCACCGCCCAGAGCGCAAUGAUCCUUGGCUCUUGUGACUUCUUCGCCAUCGACGGAUACACCACCGAUGUGAUCGCUGCUCUGCCUGAAGGAUCCGCUGCAUGUGCUUCCAACUCGAGCCACCCCAACUACCCAACAUGUGUCACUCAAUCUCAGGUCACCGCGUCGGGCUGGGACGUGGGCUUUGCUGCAGACCUCGGAGCCUCGUGGCUCAAGUCCGACCCCACCGGCCUGCGCACCUUCCUCAACUACCUCCAACAGACCUACACCGGACCCAAAGGCAAAGACAUUGUGCUCAGUGAAUUUGGCUUUGCCGAGCCGGGAGAGAACAACUUUACCACUCUGCAAGAUGCACUUUACGAUCAACUCAGAGUUGACUACUUUGCUGGGUACCUGAACAACUUGUUGCUUGCCAAGGUUGAGGAUGGCGUCAAUGUUACUGGUGCUAUCGCUUGGGGUAUCUACGACAACUUUGAGUGGAGCAGUGGGUUGAGCACUAGAUUUGGGUUGCAGUAUGUCAACUACACUUCGCUGGAAAGGUUCCCCAAGGCGUCCAUGUUUACGUUUACGGAUUUCUUCAAGCAGCAUGGGUUGUAA